GCUACUCUCGCUGCAGGGAUCCGCAGCUGGAGCUCUCUGAGGUGGCUGCAGAAGACGGUGUCCAGCAAUGGCACCCACUGACAAUGCAGAUCCUUGAAGGCCGUGUACCACCAUGCUGCAAUUUAUCACGUCCCCUGCAAUCUGUCCAUGUCGGUGGAGUUAGAGAAUUCGUGGCGUGUCCUGGAUCCGUAGGACUAUCCUUGCUUCGUUCAGCGUUCUGUUGCGACACAACGGUUGGACCCCAGCCCACCAUUCAGGUUUCAUGGACGAGAACGCGCAGUCUCAUUUAUUAAAAGCAUCAUCAAACAAGUGAACGUGACGAACUUUAAAUCGACACACCACUUUGAGACAGAAGAAAAAUCUGAGGAGCCGGACUGAUUAACUGGAGUGCAGCAAUGACUUGUAUCUGGCCCUAUCGUGCUCAUGAAACAUGUGCAAGAUUCACUGCAUCUGCAACCAAUUGGAAGAGAUGUCCAACCAACAGAAAAUGAGGUCACUGUCUUGCAGUUUGGAAUAGCUAAGAGGAGAGUCAAGCCUAGUAAAUUGAGAAGCAGUUGAAAUGCCUUUAGUGCGGUAUGAAGUGCGUUGCGAGCAUAGCUUGGCCAGCCCUGAGCUGUAUCGCUUUGUUGGUCAAGAUGAUUCCCAAGGGCUCCUCGAAGGGGUGGCUAUGGCCGGUCUUGUGGGUGUCGUCCGACAGCUGGGCGACCUUACUGAGCUCGCAACAGGGAUAUUCCACGACCUUUAUGACGAUAUCAUAACUAUUGCAUCACGAGGCAAAGACUUGAAGGCCCGGGUCGCAUGUCUAGAAGCAGAUCUAUCUCUGGUGGAGAAGGCACUGCAUGCGGAAGCAAGUCAGUGUCGAUUUGCGUACACUGCAAGGUCAAAGUGGCGCGCUCCUCUACCAAUGGACCAAAAUCUUUAUGUGCAUGGGAGGCUUCCGCGCUUUAUUCGAAAUUUCUAUGACGACUGUCAAUUCCCACCUCGCUUGUUUCUUCUCGACCCAUUUGAUGAAGCUGGGCAAGGUGCGUGUUUGAAGAGAUACUCUGACCCGACAUUUUUUAGGAUCACCUGGGCCACCGCCCAGAAAAAAGCAGCUGAGGAAGCGAAACUAGGACGACAAGCCGAACAAGAUAAGAGGACCAGUGCAAACAAACCCUUCCAGAAGCCUGGACCACUGAUUUAUCCCAGAGAUCGGUUAUCAUCAUCUCACUUCGAGAAUGUGGAAGGAUUUACAAGCGACCUUGCCCCCGACCCUUGUUCACAGCAACUAGACUGGGUGCUCCAGAUUCCGAUCAAAGGUGACUUGACUCCUGAAAAGACUCGGUCUCUUGCAAAGCAUGGAUCUCCAGAGGUUAGUUUCCUGAAGCGAGAAUUUCCUGAAGAGGAUGAAAGCCAUGUAUCGAACCUGUUCGAAAUCACUGCCAAAACUAUCGAGGACGCAAAAUUGGGACAAAAAAGUCUUGGAGCAUAUACUGGUGGGGAGUUUUCUGAGCAGGAUGAAAGCUGCUACGUGGAUGCAUCGACAACAACAAGCCGCAACGUCGAUUUUGAAGCUCGCUUGCGAAGUCCAUUUGAUGUACAUAAUCGGGUGGAUUCCAAGCCUGAUUCCCAUAAUCUGGUUGCGCCAGAUCCCGAACAGGUGGCGUUUUUUAAUCCCUCUGUGUUGAGGGUAAAUGUGAAAUACAACUGUCACAAACUACCACCUCAGGGAAUUGUCAAACUUAACCAGAGCAACGAUUUGAAUAUAAGACCAUGCCCUGAGGAGCACCAGAAGCCCAAGUUUCAUUUUGAAGAUCCCGAUUCGCCUUUAGAAUGUGAAGCAUCUACUGAAAUUACCACUGUCCAGCAUGGCAACGAUAAUCCCCAAGAGGCCUAUUGUUCUUCUGAAGGGGCCGGAAAUGAACUGAAUAUCACAAGCUGUACCAAUGGAGAGACACGGAAUCUUGUUGAGAAUGUUCACAAGAGUUCUCCAAAACUUGUAAAGCUUCGUCAUAAGCCUCCCGAGAAGCCUCUCUACCAAUCUCAUCCUUCGAUAUCGCUUCAGGAUGUUCAAAAUGCACCAACACGAGUUCAAGUUCGAGAGCAGGGAGUUUCUGCAGAGGGUAGCGGUCAGUUUUUUAAGCCAGACCAUGAAGUUCUUCGUGCCCUAAGACAGCACAGCCAAUUGAUCUUGGCUAGAACAGACCGAAUUGUGUCUAUUCCCAACAGCAGCUCUAUAUGUGCCAGGGACAGUGACUUACGGUUGGCAACAUGUAGCAUUUCGUCACGAGUCUCGCCCCUGGAACUUAACAGUGGCAUAGAUUUCACGGGUUGUGUCGAAGGUAGUAUGUCGGAAGAUGGGUUACAUUCUCAGGAGAUUCAAAGCUUGCGUGGAAUAGUUCCGCAUGGAGAAGCUCAUGUGGAACAGAAAGUGCAAAUGUCUUGCCGAACAGGCCAUAACGAUUUGUUCUGCGCUUCUUCAUCAAAUGUCUCAAACUCCUACUCGAACAUUGCCUCGUCUUCUGCAGUAGAAGAUGAUGGAUACACUUCGUCCGCGAGUGAAUCAUCCAUGAAGGGCACUAAUGUCUCUGCUCUCUUGUCGCCGCCUGAUUCACCACCACGAAAACAUUGCGUGAUGAUGGGCUCGGCCAACUCCUACAGCGCCAACUCCCAGUUAGGCAGGGAUGGUCCAAAAGCUCCUAUAAUAACUCCUUCCCUCUCGAGGUCACCGACAGAGUCAAGAUCCUCGUCAAUGAAACACGAGCCUCUUGGGAGCGUCGUUGAUGAAUUAUUUGGGACCCACUUCGAGGAAGCAAGCCUUUCUCAACUUCUACCUGAGGGAGAUGUUGGUUCUUUGUCACCUCAAGCUAGUGAUGGUCCCGUUGCAGAUUGGUCACAUGUUCCAAUCGCCCAGUCCCUUAAAUCCAACUUCAAGACCAAGAACGAGGAGUGACCUAUCUGAAUCCAACCUCACACCCACUUCGCCUGCUAUUCGAAAGCCUGCGACAGUUGGAAGCGACGACGAAUCAGGAAACACCACCGCAGGUUGGAGCACAUGACCCAAUUACCAGCUCCCACUUGUCGACAACCUGGAGGGUGGUGGCUGAUCAAUAUUGAACUGACGGUCCGAAUCCGGAGAUUUCGAAGGCUCGGUCGUUGCAAAGGAAACCCAUUUACUGCCACCGAAAGCAUGACCCGAUCUCUGAUGCAAAGGCUGGAUUCACUUUAGAGGGAACGGAGGGCCAACGACGGAGGACGAUGCCUGCGGAGACACAAGACGAGGGGACCUGUCAGCAGGGAAGCCCUGCCCACAUGUAUAAGAUGCGUUUCGAACCUGCGACGUCGCGGUCAACGGCGAAGAGCUUAACAAUCAAAAACUAAUCAGGGUAUUUUCAGACUUUAAUAAUUUGAAAUAUUCUCAUUGCCUACUACAAUCAUACGAACUCUUCUAUCAUGACGCUGAAUUACAGAUUCAGAGUAUAAUUUCUUAGGUCUUCUUUUAAGAAUGUGAUAUAACCACGAUAUUGUGAUAUUGAUUCAUUUAAAAUAUGUAUGGUAAUUCAAUUUAAAUUGCAUUUAUUUUGGUAUGGAAA